AUGUUACCAAGUGGAGCUGUCGGAAAGAAAUUUGUCAUUGAAACAACCAAAUGGAUUGAAUAUUGGAACCAUGAUGCCGUCGAUUUCAAAGACAUUGCCUUAAAAGUUCUUAUGGUAAUGCCAGCUUUACUUCUCCAGAAGCCAACGUUUAAGUCAAUAUCUAAGGAACACUCGCAGUGCCUAACAAGGCACUUGAAGCAAUGGGAAGCUGGUGACUUUGAUGCCGCCUGCUGUGUGAAACUCGUACAAUUCAAGGCCGAAAAUUGCCAACUAAUUCAAAGCCUUUGAACGAUGAACGUUUAGCCAAAACCUUCUCCAAACUUACGUUUGAAGGAAAGAUAAAUGCAGCAAUAAAGCUUUUGGAUCAACAUGAUAGUAGUGGUGUAGUUACAUUAUCCCAAAGCACAAUAAAUGAAUUGAAAGGAAAACAUCCAAAUGCGAAUGAUGCUGACCCUUCAAUUCUCAUGGAUGGCCCAUUACCUCUUGUGGAUCCUGUUAUGUUUCAAAAUAUAACAGAGUCGACUACUAUUAUGAAAUCAACUUUGCGCACAAGAGG